AUGCGGUCUGAAAUCGAAGCAAGAAUUCCCCAGGGCAGCCCGGUGAAUGAUAAUGGAUCGCAGUUUUUUUCCCAAGUACCUGUCAGCCAGCAUGGCAAUUUGGAAGGCAACCAUAAAGCCAGAUCCCUCUUGGAAACCGGGGCCUCACUACUCCGUCAUCUGAACCCUUUUUCAGCUACUUCAGUCACUGGACUAUCAUCGCCAAAUCAACCACCAGAUUUUGGGAAAGGAUUGACCACGGCUGGGGAGAUAACGCAGGGAAUAUUCGAUCAUACGACCUUGGAGAGCACCCGCCGAGCUUCAAUUGAGUCACAGACUGGAAAUGAGACUAUCCGUGAUAUCACUCGUAUCAGCCCUCCAAACCUGAACUCUGAAGAAUUGAAAACUUCCCCCACAAGGAAACAACGUGAGGAUAUAUCUUCGGAGAAACCCCACAACCCCGCAAAACUUGUAUCGGAAAGUAAUGCCGCUAUUGAAAUUGAGAAUCACACACCCAAUAGAUCUUCCCCACGGAAGCGUCGGCGUGGAAGUCCCAGUAAUGUGCCAGUGUCCGAUCUCGACGAAAACGCGGUCGAACAGUCGAUCGCAGACCAUCCAUCUCCGAAAAGGCAGAAGACACAUACUGCCCAUGACGAUUUUACUGAACUAUCCCGUGCUGGGCUCUCAACGGUCAACGCUACAGAGGCUAUUAAUCAGAGAGAUGAGCAUCUCAAUACUCCUAUUAGUCUCUCCUCUGUCGCCAAACCAAGCCGGGUCAAUCCAUGGAAGUGGCAGGGCGAUAUUCCGCGACAUGAGAUCAGUAUUCCAAAUGACCAAAAGGAACUACUUGAGAGCCACAGCAAAAUACGCUGGAUUCCAUCUGAAAUUGGCAAAGCUUCUCCGCCAGGACAUGUACCACCUUCGCUUCUAGAGCGGUGGAAUAGCAUUGUCGAGCGAAGACACCAGUCAGCUGGAGAGGACAACUCAAGCCCAGCGCGGCCGGUGACUCCUCGCGACGACUCUUCCUCGUCAACCGAAUCGGAGGUUGGAGAGAGUGACUGGUCUGUGACCCCAUCCCCGAGCGGGCGGGCACUUCGACGCCUACCUGCAGACAGCAGUCCUUUAAAGGGAAGAAGCCCAGACCUUGGGAGGCGACAGCCGCCUUUGGGCGAAGUAGAAAUCGAAUCGAAUCAAGUCGAAUUCAACCAGUGUUCCAAUACAGCCAAACGUACUGGCAAGCCACAGGCUCUCGAAAUCGAUGCCUCUCAAGCCUCUCGUGAGAGAUCAGGAUCCGGCGCUUCUACUCAAAUUGGGAAAGAUGAUAGCGGUAAGGUGGCUGGCCUUUCUUCGACCCAGGAUGCUCGCGGUGAGAUUGGCGAUGAGAACGAAAUGGGCCCGCCGAGGGUAUCUGGUAAGGUGUCAGAAGCGUCAAACCCGGCCCAACAUUCUACUUCAGAAGAGGCAAGGUCGCCUCCAGCUGUUGUAAAUGGCCCAGAAGCUUCUGUCGAACACCUCGAUGCCCAUGAUUCAGGCGACGAGAGUGACGAUUCAAUGAUGGACACUUCGCUCCUUACAGCAUUAGGCGGAAGCUUUCCAGAACCUUCGCAAGAUACACAGCAGGAGCAUGACCCUACAAGCUCAGGUCAUUCACUCCCAUCAGCAAACGCCGGGCGCGUGCAGGUUUUCGAAACCCCCCGCUGUAAACAACAGCCGGCUGCCUCCUGUUCAGGCAACAAAAGAACCUGGCAACCCCAACGUCACAGACGAAGUAUCGUCUUCCAAUAA